CUGACACCACUGCCUCAUCGUCGUCGUCGUCGUCGGCUGCGAAUCAUCGACCGGAUUACGAUAUCAGCCAAGGAGAAUCAGCCAAGAUCGGGGCAGCAAUGACAUUCGGCAACGGUCCGUCGAUCAGCGACUCCAGCAGUAGCAGCAGUGUGAACCACCACAAGCACUUGCACACGGCUGGGAGCGUUGGCGCAGGUUACGACCUGGCCUACGAUCUUGGCGGCGGCAGUAGCGUGAGCAGCAGCCUAGGACUCUUCGAGGGCCACCAGCACGAUGGCCAGGGCAUAGCCGCCCUCCUCGUGCUCAUUGUCGUGCUCUGCCUGCUGGCUUACUGCUGUUGGGGCGUGCCCAUCUUUCGCAGCCUGCGCCGCUGGAACUGCGGCUCCUCGUCGUCUUCUUCGUCGAGUUGCUGCUGCACCGGUGGCGGCGAAUCGACGACGACCCCCUGCUCGGCGGAGGAUCGCUGCGCUCGGAACGGCCCUCUCGGUUCUUGGGUGCUGGGGACCGCCACCGGUGUCAGUGCUGUCAAUGCCAACGGUAUCAAUAACAAUUCCACUGCCAACCAGAGCAGGACUGCCAGCUCAAUUUUCGCUGCUCAGCAGCAAUCGCAUCGUCAUUAUAAUCGUCACGCUGCCAGACAGGCCGGCGCAGCGGGUCUGCAGCAAUCGAGGAUCGGCGAUUAUAACGGACCAUUGUCGCACUUGCAUCGCAAUCAGCAGCAAAUGCACAGCAUGGCCACGCCGACCAUCAUUUUGCUGCCCCACGGCAGGAUGCUCGUCGUCGACGGCUCGAUAUUCACCCAAUUGCAGAGCGACACUAGCGGUCUCGAUCUGAUGGAACUGGGCGAGAACGUGAUGCGCGCCCAACGCGGAGGCUCGAAUCCGCAGAGACCUCACUCGAGCUCCCCUGCGACCCAUCAGCAUGUCUCGGUCCGAUCGCAGCUGCGCACCAGCCCGGAGACUCCCAGCAAGGAUAGCAUGGGCUCCAUCGGCUGCUUUCCACCGCCCACCUACGAGAGCAUCUACGGCAAAGAGGAGGGUGCCGACAUGCCUCCAUCCUAUUCCGAAAUUCUUCUUCAUAGACUAGCAAACCUGCCGGAAUGCGAGAUGGACGCGCACCAGCAGCAGCCACCAACGAGUGGCAGCUCAAGCAAUGAUCGUCGCGACGCUCCUGCGGCCGAUGAUGAAAGAUCGAAAGAUUUGGAACUCGGCAACGGAUCGAGCUCCUUCAACUGUCCUCGGAUAUUCGCUAAUCCGUUCGAUUGCGCCGAGCUGCCUUUUAACGACGACGACGACGACGAAGUGACUGAUCGGCAUCGAUUGCGGCAGACGCGCAAUCCGUCUCUUCGAACGAAUCCGCUCGACGACGCUACCUUUUACUCGCUGGACGCGAUGAACGACGAGUCCAGUACCGUCGCUUCGUCGUUCCGUCACACUAGAAGAGCUCGGCCGAUUUCGCUACAACAGGGCAACAGCGAGUCCGACAACGAGGCGAGAUACCAGCGCAGACGAGAGCACAGAUCCAGACGAUCGCAGAGACCGAGCUCGCAAGAUCGUCACAGCGUUUCCGAGUAUCCGACGAGCAGUCACGGCUACAGCAGCUAUCAACGCCGACGCGAGCACAACGAGACCAUGAAUUGUCGGAACGUCGUCAGCAGCCGUCGUCUGAGCGCCGAUCCCAUUACCGAUUUGCAUCCGGCUACGUAUGAAGAAGCACUCCAGACCCAUCGAGCGACGGACGCUCAUCCAGGACUCGAUUUCCUGCCACAGAUGAUUUAUUCGUCGCCUUUUCAUAGGACCAGCAACGACGGCAGCCAAAUCAGUCGGUUAUCCGUGAACAUGACCAACUGGAAUCUCGACGACGGCGAUGACGAUCGAGUCGGCGUCGCGAACGCGAUAAUCGAUAUCGAUGACGACAACGACGACGUCGACGAAGAGGAGACCAAAAAUUUCGAGACUCUUGCUGAUAUACGAGAGAGUCGCGUUUAAAGACUGUCUAAACUACUACCUAAUGCAUACAAUAACUGUGAUGUACGUCAUUUAUUGUGCGAAGCUCUAAUCCAGCUCCUGUCGAGUGUUAAAUGGAUAUUUUAGAGCGAUGUUUGUUCCGUGUUAUAUCAAUAAUUAGAAAAUCAUCAUUGUUCUUGAUACUCGGCGCUUUUCAAUCUACGUGGAUUACACACGAAUUAGAAGCGAUUUUUCGCUUCUAUCGAGUAACAUCAAUUUCUACCCAAAGAUUCUGUCUAAAUGAUAAUUUUACAUAAAAUAUGAUUUUAUUGUUGAUGUAUAGAUAUCCAAACGCUAAA